AUGCACCUCCCGACACCACCGACAGCGACAAUACCCCUCCCCCUCGCACCUGCCACGACGCGCUCGUUUGUCGUCCUCGCCGAGGGGCAGCUAGACCUGCAGUGGACGGCGGACGCGCGCGCGCAGGGCGUGUACUCUGCGCUGCGGGUCGUGCCGGGCGCAAGCAACGGCGGCAACAGCGGCGAGGCCGCUCGCACGCGGUACAUUGCGACGUUUACCUGGGCCGAUACGACCGAGCUCGACGCCAUCCUCACUGCGCUCAACGCCUCGCGCCUCUCGUCCAUUUGCUUCCUGUACGACCCGUACCCCAACGACGAGCUGUACGCGCGCAUCCUGGCGCUCAUCGACAUCCCCGCGCUCAAGCACCUGUGGCUCGGCGCGCGGCCGACAGUCGACACGCUCCCGCACGAGCUGGCGUUCUUGUCCUCGCCGCGCGCGGCAGGGCUCGGCUUCUUCUCGCUCGACUUUGAGCCCCACUCCCAAGGGGACGUGGACGCGAUCGCGCACACGCUUGCCACAACAGAGGAGGACAUGGGCGCCCUCGCUGAGGGCAGCUGUGCGCCGCAGCAAGGCGGCCACAAGCGCCGCCGCCUAGUCGGUGUUCUUGAGGAGAAUGGAGAGCGCAAGGAGAGAAAGAAGGCGAAGGCGAAGGUGAAGGUGAAGGUGAAGGAAAAGGAGAAGGCGAAGAAUCAGCAGUGCACGACGACCACGACCCCCGCCCGUUCCCCAUCCUCGACCUCCCCCGCGAGCUACUACACGCCGUGA